AUGGUAAAGGCGCAGCGACACCAUGGGGCGUCGACUCGUGACACGGGCGCCGAAUCGGAUCGGUCCGAGUCUUGGAGCCGCGCUCGACCAGACGUGCGAAGCGAGAAGGGUCGGACCAGGCCGGCACCGGCGAGCCUGGAUGCCCACAGUCCCAUUUCAUAUCUGUACCUCACAUUCGACACCCUUCUGCCCACAUUGCCAGCGGCUGAGCACGGCCAACAACCGCCGCCCUGCCCCGACCUGAGGCGCCUCGACUCGCCGCUCACAUGGAGCCCCGUGCGGAAAUACGUCCUCCUCGCCAUGUCCUGCACCGCAACCUUUCUCACGGCCUACGCAGCCGGGUCCUACUCGCCGCCUGCGGCCGUCAUGGCCCAAGACUUCGGUACAAGCCGCCUCGUCAUCUUGGUGGGCAUCACCACCUUCUGCCUUGGCUUCGCCAUUGCCCCCAUGGCCCUGGCACCCAUCUCCGAGAUCUGGGGCCGCUUCCCCGUCUUCGUCGCUGCCGGAAUCGUCUUUGUUGUCUCCCAAGUUGCUUGUUCCUUCAUGCCCAACGCCACCGGCAUGUUGGUCGCUCGCUUGCUCACUGGGGUCGGAGCCUCGGUCUUUAGUGCCGUCGUCGGUGGCGUCAUUGCCGACCUGUGGGACAACAAGGACAGGAACACCCCCAUGGCUCUGUUUAGCUGCGCCGUGUUGACCGGCACAGGGGCAGGCCCGUUGGUGGCGACGGCGUUGGUCCAAAGCAUCAGCAAUCCAACGCUGGCGUGGAAGUGGGUGUUUUGGCACCAGGUCAUCAUGGACGCAGUCUUGGUGGUAGCCAUCUUCGUCCUGUGCAAGGAGAGCCGGGCGUCGGUGCUGCUGACGAAAAGGGCACAGCUUUUGAAUAAGUGGUAUGCCGAGCUGGAAGGUCAAGGCACCUAUGGCCUGUGGACAUUGGGCCCUGCGAGCAUGGCCAUCAAUACCUCGGAUGGCUUGAGCGACGCCACGCUCGGGGGAGAGGGCGGCGGCGACACUCCACAGAGUCAGUUGCGGCGGAUUCGAUGGCUGGUCAGGGAGGACGAGCAGCGACCCCCUGUGCGCAAGAUGAUGACACUGUCCAUCCAGCGACCGUUCCACAUGCUGUUCACAGAGCCCAUCGUCUUCUGCUUCUCGCUUUGGGCCGCCUUCUCCUGGGGCAUCCUGUACUUGUCCUUUUCCGUCGUCCCCUUUCUGUACGAGACGGAUCUGGACAAGGCGGGCCGCGUAUACGUGGCCAUGAUUGUGGCGGGCGCCGUCGCGACGGUCGUGAGCAUCGCGCAGCAGCAGCUCUUGCAGCAUCCACAGUGGAGGGCCCACGACGACGGCUUCCGGCUCUACUUUGCCUGCGUCACCGCCAUGUUCCUCCCCGCCGGCCUCUUUGGCGCCUUCAUGUGCCCACGAUACAUGGACGGGUAUGCAGAGGCCGUCGGCCUGGGCUUCGCCACCUGCGGCAUCUACUCCGUCUACCUCGCCACCUUCAACUACCUGGCCGACGCAUACGGCGCCUACGCCUCAUCCGCCCUGGCUGCGCAAAGCUGCUGCAGGAAUAUUGUCGGCGGGGGCUUUCCCCUGCUGACCAGAGCCUUAUUCAGCAAUCUGGGGCUCAGGGGCGCGGGCGGCCUCCUGGGAGGCAUCGCGACGGUGCUGACCAUUACGCCGUGGGUGCUGGUCUUUUUCGGGGAAUCGGUCCGGACCAGGAGCAGAUUCGCAACCGACAGUCUCUGCAGAAAUAAGGUGGCUGUUUAG